GGAAGCCACGUUUGUUCUUCGUUCUGCCUCUUUGGACUUCGGGACGUUCAGGGUCUCUCCGUCUGUAUGUCUUUAACAGUAUCACCGUUAAAUCUUCUCUACCACCCCCCGAAUGCAGAUUAACAGGUAUGCCAAAGGAAAAAUAUGAUCCCCCGGAUCCUCGUCGACUAUACACCAUCAUGUCAGCCGAGGAGGUGGCCAACGGGAAGAAGUCACACUGGGCCGAGCUGGAGAUAUCAGGUCGGGUCAGGAGUCUGAGCAGCUCUCUGUGGACCGUCACCCACCUGACGGCUCUACACAUCAACGACAACAAUCUGAGUCGCAUCCCGCCCGACAUCGCCAAGCUACCACACCUCAUCUACUUGAACCUGUCCUCCAACAAGCUCCGGAGCCUGCCCGCCCAACUCGGAAACAUGGUGUCUCUCAGGGAAUUGCUUUUAAACAACAAUCUUUUACGAGUUUUACCUUACGAACUCGGGCGGCUUUUCCAGUUACAAACCCUGGGGUUAAAAGGUAACCCUUUGUCCCAAGACAUCCUCAACCUGUACCAGGAAUCAGACGGAACCAGAAAGCUCUUGAACUACAUGCUCGACAAUCUAGCAGUGCACCCAGAACAGCUCCCCCAGAGACCUUGGAUCACCUUGAAGGAGCGAGACCCAAUGAUCCCCACAGCCAUGUUCACGGUGAUGUGUUACAACGUGCUGUGUGACAAGUAUGCCACCCGUCAGCUCUACGGCUACUGCCCCUCCUGGGCCCUCAACUGGGAGUACAGGAAGAAGGGCAUCAUGGAGGAGAUCACACACUGUGACGCCGACAUCAUCAGUCUACAGGAGGUGGAGACGGAGCAGUACUAUGCUCUCUUUCUGGAGACACUGAAGGAGCGUGGCUAUGACGGGUACUUCUGCCCAAAGUCUCGUGCCAAACUGGUCUCAGAACAGGAAAGGAAACGCGUGGACGGGUGUGCCGUGUUCUUCAAAACCGAGAAAUUUACUCCGGUGCAGAAACACACUGUGGAGUUCAACCAGGUUGCCAUGGCGAACUCUGAGGGUUCAGAGGUCAUGUUGAACAGGGUCAUGACCAAGGACAACAUCGGGGUCGCCGUGCUGCUGGAGGUCAACAAGGACAUGUUCUCUGGUGGCAUGAAGCCACUGCAGGGGAAACAGCUGAUUCUGGUGGCCAACGCCCACAUGCACUGGGACCCGGAGUUCUGUGACGUCAAGCUGAUCCAGACCAUGAUGUUCCUGUCUGAGUUAAAGAGCAUCGCUGAAAGGGCCCUGAGCUCCAUGGGAACAGGCUCCCUGACCUCUGACCCGGCCUCCAUCCCGAUCGUGCUCUGUGCUGACCUCAACUCCCUGCCCGACUCUGGAGUAGUGGAGUACCUGAGUAACGGUGGUGUAGCAGAGAACCAUAAGGACUUCAGAGAGCUGCGCUACAACGAGGCUCUCACCAACUUCAGCUGCCAGGGGAAGAACAGCUCUUCUGGCGGCAGCAUCACACACAGCUUCCAGCUGAAGAGCGCCUACCAAGGCAGCCUCAUGUCUUACACCAACUACACCUACGACUUUAAGGGCGUGAUCGACUACAUCUUCUUCUCCAAGACUCACAUGUCUGUAGCCGGCCUGCUGGGCCCCCUGGAGACUCAGUGGUUAACGGACAACAACAUCACCGGGUGUCCCCACCCCCACAUACCCUCUGACCACUUCUCUCUGCUCGCCCAGCUGGAGCUCCACCCGCCCGUCACCUCCUCUUCCUCCCUCAACGGCCUGCACCUGCCCCGUCCACAGGUAGUGGGGUUACAACCACUCACCCCUGACCCCUUUGAAGCCUGACCUUUGAACCCCUAAUGCCCUUCCUCCUCCUCUGCCGCAAUGGACCCUGUACAUUUUCUCAUCAUGACCCUAAUCACAAACCAUCCAAGGAACUCCGAUGCAGACAAGCCAUUCCCCAAAGGAGUGAAGUAUUCACCCCUCUCUGCUCCUAUUUUUAACCUCUAUUUUGCACACAGCAUUUCUGUUAGUUUUGCUUGUUGUUUUUCGUCCACAUGGGAUUCAUGUUUUGUGUUGUUUUCUGGUCAUAUGGUGCUGCUGCUGCUGCCCUUCUGCUUGGAAACGCCAAGUGUCUGUCAGAAAUAGCACCCUAUUCCCUAUAUAGUGCACUACUUUUGACCAGAGCCCAAUGCGAUAUAGGAAAUAGGUUUCCAUUUGGGAGGAAGCCCCAAGUUCAGGUCACCUUGGUCUGAUGUCAGUGUUUUUGCCUUUGCCUGGUCUGGGUGGGCCUGGUCUGGAUGGGCCUGGUCUGGGUGGGCCUGGUCUGGGUGGG